GCAAGGCAGCCAUUGCGAAGGACCCCGCCCUUCUCUCUGAUGCUAUGAGUGUCAGCGUUGUGUUUACACAAUAAUAAUAUCUUUUUUUCCCUGUUGAUAAAUUAUUUCUAUUAAUAAAAUGCCCUUGUUUGAAGGCCUGGGCAGCGGAGGGGAGAAGACAGCCGUCGUCAUUGAUUUAGGAGCGGCGUACACAAAAUGUGGCUUUGCUGGCGAGACUGGGCCGAGAUUCAUCAUUCCCAGUGAAAUUAAACACCCUGGAUCUCAAGAGGCUGUGCGCGUCGUCCAGUACAACAUCAACACUGAGGAGCUGUACACCAUCCUGAAGGAGUUCGUGCACCUGCUGUACUUCAGGCAUCUGCUGGUGAACCCCCGAGACCGGCGCGUGGUCCUCAUCGAGUCCCUCCUCUGUCCCUCACACUUCAGGGAGACGCUCUCCAGGGUCUUCUUCAAGCACUUCGAGGUGCCGUCGGUGCUGUUCGCUCCGGGUCACCUGAUGUCGCUCAUGUCUCUGGGGAUCCAGUCGGCUCUCGUCAUGGAUUGCGGAUACACUGAGACGCUGGUCUUACCGAUCUACGAAGGCAUCCCGAUCCUGUCCGCAUGGGAGGCUCUGCCAAUGGCUGGAAAAGCCAUUCAUAAGGAGCUGCACGCUCUGCUGAGUGAGCAAUGCAUGCUGGACACCGACUCCGGCACUGGCCUCAACCCCGCCGUCAUCAGCACUAUUCCAGAAGAGGUAGUGGAGGAUAUCAAAGUGCGCACGUGUUUCGUCAGUGACUUGCAGAGAGGAAUGAAGAUCCAGGAGGCCAAGUUCAACAUGGACGGGUCAGCCGAGAGACCGGCUCCGCCUCCAGACGUGGAGUAUCCGCUGGAUGGCCAGAAGAUUCUGCAUGUCAAGGGUUUCAUCAGAGACUCUGUGGCGGAGAUGCUGUUCGAGCAGGAUAACGAGGAGAAGUCCAUCGCCACGCUAAUGCUGGACACGCUGGUCAAGUGUCCCAUCGACACUCGCAAGGUUCUGUCAGAGAACUUGGUGAUCAUCGGCGGCACGGCCAUGCUUCCCGGGUUCCUGCCCCGCCUCCUGGCGGAGAUCCGCUCGCUGGUGGAGAAGCCGAAGUACCAUGAUGCUCUCGCGACCAAGAGCUUCCGCAUCCACAGCCCGCCCGCUAAACCCAACGGCACCGCCUGGCUCGGAGGUGCUAUAUUUGGGGCAUUGCAGGACAUUUUAGGGAGUCGCUCGGUGUCCAGAGAUUACUAUAACCAGACGGGCCGCGUCCCAGACUGGUGCUGUCUCAGCGCUCCUCCACCGGACUCCGUCUACGAGGCGGGCAAGACGCCUCCGCCGCUCAUGAAGAGGGCCUUCUCCACUGAGAAAUGAACUCCUAAACUCUGGACAUGUCACACACACCCUCCUGCAAACCCUGUGUCUGCUUACAGCGGUUCCUG